CACGAAACUGAAACAAGCGGCGAAGGCGGAAGUGAAGACGCCUAUUCUUCCAUGUAAGUCAUGGGGUGUUUUGGCAGCAAAGAGAAACGGACUGAAUGGUCUCCACAGGAGGAGAAAAGUGUUACUGAUAUACCAUGGCUCAUCCUCUUCAUCUUCUUUUGUAUUGGCAUGAUGAUAGUUGCUGGAAUCUCUGUUGUCAUGGGUGGAAGCUCCAGACUCAUUAAUGGAUAUGACAGCUAUGGGAACAUAUGUGGCAAGAACAACAGCAAGAUCCCAAACGUCACGCUAAGUGGCCAAGAUUUCACACGCAGAAAGUAUGUGUUCUUCCUGGAUCCUUGUAACAUCAACCCUUUGAAGCUAAAGAUAAACUCCAUUGCUCUGUGCGUGUCAUCAUGCCCACAAGAAGAAUUGAAAAGCUAUGAGGACAUCCAAAACUUUGCAGCCAUCAAUGGCUCAGAGACUUGUAGAUAUGACAUUGCCCCCAAAGACUACCCCAUCAAGAAAGACGGCUGUCCAAAGUUACCAGUGAAGCCCAGCAAGCAGCGGUUUAAUCGCUGUGUUCCAAAGGACAUCAGCUGCUAUGCUCAGUUUGCUCAAGCCAUAGUGAAUUCCGUCAGUGAGAACGUACUUCAGAAGGUUGCAACAGGGAUUUUGGCUUCCAAGGAGAUCAUCUUUGGACUCUGCGUACUAUCUGUUGUUCUCUCUGGCAUUCUCAUGGUGGUUAUCAGAUACAUCUCUGGCGUUCUGGUGACGAUUAUCACCGUGCUGGUGGUCUUAGGCUGCAUAGCCGGCACUGCCGUGUUAUGGUGGCUGUAUGUCGACGUCAGGAAGUCUGCUAGUUCCACUGACCCUGUUGAAAAAGCAAACGCUGAAGACAACAGCCAAGGCCUCCUUGUCUAUGCAAUCAUAGCUACUGUACUCACGGUGGUGCUACUGCUAUUGAUUUUUUUCUUGAGGAAGCGCGUGGAGCUUACUAUAGCUUUGUUCCACGUGGCAGGCAACGUUUUCACACAUAUACCACUUCUAGCCUUGCAGCCUUUGUGGACCUGCUUUGCCCUUCUACUUUUUUGGGUCUCUUGGCUUGCAGUGUUUUUGUCUAUAGGGACUUCAGGAAGCCCUGUGAGUAACGGAGUAACGGUGGUGUUCAAGCUCUCUGAGCCUCUGCAGUACACAAUUUGGUACCAUGCUGUAGGACUCAUUUGGAUCAGCGAGUUCAUACUGGCCUGCCAGCAGAUGACUGUAGCUGGCGCUGUGGUCACCUACUACUUCACCAGAGACAAGUCUCAGCUCCCAGAGACACCCAUUCUGUCAUCAAUGCUACAGCUGGCACGCUACCACUUGGGAACUGUUGCUAAAGGGUCCUUCAUCAUCACUUUGGUGGAGAUCCCACGCCUGAUUCUCACCUACAUCCACAACCAGCUGAAAGGCAAAGAGAAUGCCUGUGCUCGUUGUAUAGUUAAAGCAUGCAUCUGUUGCCUGUGGUGUCUUCAGAAGUGCCUGACGUACCUCAACCAAAAUGCAUAUACAGCCACUGCUAUCAACAGCACAAGUUUCUGCACAUCUGCCAAAGAUGCCUUUAUUAUCCUGGUGGAGAAUGCGGUCCGAGUGGCUGCCAUUAACACAGUGGGGGACUUCAUUCUCUUCCUUGGAAAGGUGCUUGUUGUAGCCUGUGUGGGACUGGUGGGUGUCCUUACCCUAAGGUACCAGCAGGAGUACACUCUGUGGGUGGUCCCAGUAGUUAUUGCCUGCCUAUUUGCCUACAUGGUGGCCCACUGUUUCCUGUCCGUAUACGAGAUGGUAGUGGACGUGCUCUUCCUCUGCUUUGCUAUUGAUUCCAAGCACAAUGAUGGGAGUCCAGGCAGAGAGUACUACAUGGACAAGGCUCUGAUGGAAUUUGUGAAGAACAGUGGGAAAGCAAUGGAGCGAGAUGCAUCCGAAAAUACACCAAUGAGAGGGACACAUGAGCCCCAGGCACACAUCAACUUGCCUUAUUAUCAUCGACUUUCAAAUCUCUUCGAGACUUGGUCUGACCAAGAACAUAACAGUUAACAUUUCCCAAACGGCAUGGGUGACCCGCCUCCCUUGGUUUGCUUCUGGUUGUUUGCUUCGCAACAAAGUAGGAGGAGUUCCCGAUUUUUGUGCAGCUCAGAAACAAUAUUUGUAUUGCUCCUGGCCUGACUAAAAGCAACGCUGGAGGUGUUACGUCACUAGGAGGGCACAGCCUAGUUACACAUCAACCACAACUGCCAAAAUUUUGAAGGAAACAAGUAAAGAAAUCCAUAAUUCUUCACAUCAGGCAAUAUUAACACUUGUGCUUUCAAAGCCAGAUGAGGCCUUGACAUUUUGUAAUCAUUUUUUAUAUGUUCACUUUGCAAGAAAGCAUUUGUUUUGUGACUUGGCAUUUCUUUUUAUGUUAUUUAAGUUACUUUUUUUACACUUUGAGUUGUUCCCUUAUUUUAAGUUUCUUAGUCUAGUGCAGUGUUUCUCAACAGGGGCUCUACAGCUCCCCAGGGGGCGUUGGGAAGUCCCAAGGGGACAUUGAGAGGUGGCGGUACUUGGUUGUCAUUGGUGCAUUAGUCCAUGUAUAUUUUUUUUUCAGGGGGUGUUUGUUCAAAAAAGGUUGAGAACCACAGUGAAUUUGUAGCCAACAGGCAAGACAAAAAAAAUGCACUGGUCCUUUGCCACAGAGUCUGGGGCUGAGUAUCAGGACUUUUUAUUGCUCAGUCCCUUGCAAUUCCUCAUGCCAUUAAUAACACAUAAAAUGUUUUCACUUCUUAUAGGGUUGCCAUAAUUGCAACAGACAUUCUAAUUUUGUUUGUUAUGGCAUUCCAACAUGUACUGUAGCUUGAAACAUUCAAUAUUACAGCUUAUUAUCAUCCCAAUUUCUUAAAACCACAUAACAUAUUCAAUCUGCAUCAUGCAUGCUUGUUUCCAGUCCAUCAUGAGGCAGCGUUGUUUUCAAAGCUAGAAUUUUCCUAAUGUCAUUUUUUUGGUCAGCUGACGGUUCAAUAUUUGGGCUAUGUUGUGUCAGUGGUCUUAAAGGUACACUGUGUAGGAUGGUGGCCAGAGUAGGUAUUGCAACUAUGUUGCACAUUGAAACUGUGCUGUCUACUAAUAUUGACUAGUAUGACCCACGUUGUACAGCUAAAGUGUAUUUCUAGAAAUGCAAUAUGAAAAGUGCAAUUUUCUCAUAAUGGAUAUACCGGUACUUAGAAUUUGAUGGUGGUGGUAAGUAAUGAAAAAGUUAACAUUUGUGAUUGGGCAGCAUGAAUUCUGUAAAUAAAUAAACUACUGAAAAUAUUACAGUGUGCCUUUAAAUAAGUUGAUAGAGUUGUCUUUUAAUGAGUUUAUGUUGAAUUGUUUGGGGUUUUUUUUACGUUGAAUUACCAUUGGAAUCCUACAGAAGUGCUUGAAUUUUUAUAAUUGUUGUAAACUGUAUAAUACACUGACUGAUUGGUUGGCUGGCAUGUGCUAUUUAAGCCUUGGAAGACAAUUAAUGCCUCUAUGCUGUUUGUUCUGCUUUCUAAUUAGAAUUCUGCACAGUUAGCAGUUGUGGACUUAACCUUUAACUAGUGUUAUAUCUUUAGCCAAUGUUAAAUGUUAAAAACUGCAGCUGUGCCUUUCUGGUGUACUCUACUGUACUCUAGUCAUCUCUAGCAGAAAUAAACAUUGCUCUGACUUCCCCUA